CCGAGCUGACACAGCCACACAUAAAAGCCAAAGAGGGCCCUGGGCUCUCUUCCAUUGAUACAGAAGCUGUUGGACCACACAGUUGUGGAAAUUGGAUUGUGUAGGGGACACGAAGCCAGGCAGCUUUCCCCCUGCCUCCCUUCUGCAGUCAACUUUACUGCUUAAGACACAAGGAGCAAUGUAACAGCAGCUCUGGGAAUUCACAUUUCCAGCCAGAAGUUCUGUGGACCCAUCCCUAUAGCUGAAUAGGUCACUCAAACCACAUUCAGGCUGUGAGUGGCUGAUGAGUUUGCACACUCCGUACUGAGCGCUCACAGAGAACACUACCAACAGAGGGAAUGUUCAGCUACCUCCGGAAACGCUUUGCCAGCCACAUCAGAGAACGGAGCCGGCGAAGAGCAAGGCUUGUUUCUAAAGAUGGAAGGUGUAACAUAGAGUUUGGCAAUGUAGAACAGUCAAGGUUUGUCUUUUUGAUUGAUAUAUGGACAACUAUCCUGGAUCUCAGAUGGAGAUACAAAAUGACUAUCUUCAUUUCAGCAUUCUUAGGCAGCUGGUUUCUGUUUGGUCUCCUCUGGUAUGUCGUGGCAUACAUACACAAAGACCUGCCAGAAUUCAACCCUGCCAUAAAUCACACCCCCUGUGUUGACAAUAUCAACGGCCUCACUUCAGCUUUCCUGUUCUCCUUGGAGACCCAGGUAACCAUUGGUUAUGGCUUCAGAUGUGUCACAGAGCAGUGUGCCACUGCCAUUUUCCUGCUCAUCUUCCAGUCCAUCCUGGGGGUGAUCAUCAAUUCUUUUAUGUGUGGUGCCAUCCUGGCCAAGAUAUCGAGGUCUAAAAACCGGGCUAAGACCAUCACCUUCAGCAAGAAUGCUGUCAUCAGCAAACGUGGUGGGAAGCUCUGCCUCCUUAUUCGGGUGGCAAACCUCAGGAAGAGCUUGCUGAUUGGCAGUCACAUCUAUGGAAAGCUUCUCAAGACCACCAUCACCCCAGAAGGAGAAACAAUCAUUUUGGACCAGGUCAACAUAGAAUUUGUAGUUGACGCUGGAAACGAAAAUCUCUUCUUCAUUUCCCCAUUAACUAUUUAUCAUAUCAUAGAUAAAAACAGCCCAUUCUUCCAUAUGGCAGCAGAAACCAUUCUACAGCAAGAUUUUGAAUUGGUGGUGUUUUUAGAUGGCACUGUUGAAGCCACGAGCGCUACCUGUCAAGUGAGGACAUCCUACAUCCCAGAGGAGGUGCUCUGGGGUUACCGCUUUGCUCCCAUUGUGUCCAAGACCAAAGAAGGGAAAUACAGAGUAGACUUCCAGAAUUUCAGCAAGACAGUGGCUGUGGAGACUCCCCACUGUGCCUUCUGUCUCUACAAUGAGAAAGAAGCUAAAGCCAAAGAGAAGAAAGGUUAUGACAAUCCUGGGUUUGUCUUGUCAGAAGUUAGUGAAACAAGUGACACUAAAAUGUAGUUCCAGAUACUCAUGGGACAGUAUCUUCGCUCAUAAUGAAUUCAGUCUUGAGGGGAUUAAUAACUUAGGAAACCAGAAAAGAAUACAGACUUGGUUUUACUCUAAAACAGCAUUGAUCUUCUCAAAAGCUUCAAAUCAAAGAGUAACAGAAUACCAGUGAUCACCAGAACACUAUGUAUUCCAUAGAAUUUCUAUUUUUAUACCAAUGGGACAUUUUAUGAAGCUGCUAUGUUGGAAUGCCUAACUCACUUAAGUUCCCAGAGGCAGGCAAGUCUGUUAAAAAGCCUGAAAAGAUGGAGAGAAACUUUAGGACAUGUUAAAGACAUAGCUGUUGGAAUAGGAACAUGGAAAGGGGAGACAGAAGGCAAAGCUAUAGCAACCUAUGAGACUUAGGAGCCAAAACCUCAGCAGAUGUAUAUUUCUGGUUGCCAAAGUACUCUAUGAAAGCAGACUCUCUGGCUGUGGAAUAUUUGAGCACUUUUGAACACUUUGAAACAAUCCCUUCUUUUUUUGAAGGCUGGUACAUCUACCAAAAUGGGGCAUUAUAGGAUGGUACAUGCUGGGGAAGCUAGGAAAGAUGAAGCUUGGGCUAUUCUGCUGCAUCUAAAACUCUAAACUAUGACUUCUCUCCUGUGAAAGCCCUAGAUUCCUUCAGGGAAAAAUAGCCAAAUGGAAACUGAAAGUGAAAAACAAGGAGAAGCAGAGACCUGCUAUGGGAGACGAGGAAUUUUGCAGUUUAUUCCUGUGUCACUUCAGAUACUCUUCCUUCACUUCCCCAGGAGCUGGAUAACUGUGAAAUUGGGAAACAUCUGUAGCCAGAAAGAAGGGGAGGUGAAGAACAUGCUGCUUCGUAUCUGGCAGGGAAGCAAUUCAAUGAGAGAGGAAAUUCCCAGCUCUAGAUGUGUCCACACUGCAAAUACAGAUUAUCUUUUCCUUUGAAGCACAAAGGUCCUGUAAAAACAAAAACGCAGCAAUGGAGCCUCCCACCAAUGGUGCCUUCACAUUUAGUUCCAAACCAUCCAUCUCACCACAGCAAGAUGUGCAUCCCUACAGGAAACAAGUCCUGCUCAGUAGCAGGGAACAUUUUGGGGUACGAUUGUUGACAUCAAAGUUUCAAAUGCAACAAGAAGCUUCAGUAACUUCCUGGUGAGCUUCCACUUCCUCACAGCCUUUUUCCCCCCCCUCCAACUAGUUCUUCUGCUGAGAGUCCAAGUGGCAGACCAAAGGAAGAGGUUUUGGGGGAACCCUUCCCAGUGACGUGAUGCAGCUCAUCUGCUUCCAACGCUGUGGUAAAAUGGAAGUGCCUUUAUAAAAGCUGCUGGACCGAGCAGUUUUAUAAGAAGGGGAGAAUUGAGCAGGUCAAAUGAUGACAAGACAAAGUUAUUUUGCUGAUGAACAUAGUGUGAGCAUGGAAAUCAAACUCUGGGAACAGAGAGCCUUCAGGUCUCAGUCCCAGUGUAUUAUCAACUUCUGUUGGUUCAGAACAAAUCACUUUAGUAAGUAUCUCAGAUUUGGCAUCUGUAACAUGGGACAGAAAGUACUUACACUGUACAGAAAACAAUGGUAUGAACAAUUAUGUCACUAAAGCACUUUAAAAGCCAA